AUGGACUUGACGACGAUACCGACCUUUUCCCGGCCCUUUCCCUCGUCUAUAUCAUUACCUGGUGUGUCUUACACAGCAUCAGCAUCAGCAUCUACAACGUCAUCUCACACCUCUACAACUUUGUCAAGAACACUUUCUACCUCAACCUUCGCGAAAUCGACAUCAUUAGCUACAUCGCAAGCUACGCCAACCUCCACCCGACCCAUCCCAACAUCUACCCCAUACCCAAGCACAAACAGCGAACCCAUCACCCAGCAAUCCACCUCCUCCCACUCCACCGCUAAAAUCGCCGGCGGCGUCAUCGGCGCCUCCGCCGCCCUCGCCAUCCUCCUCUCCCUCCUCUACCUCCUCCACCGCAAAAAGCGCGAAACCCAACGUCGCGCCGCGACCCUCCCACCCAGCUACAACGAAGAAGGUAUCGCCGCCAACCUCGCCGAGAAGUUCCAAAGCCGCUCGCGCCGCUCGCGCCGCUCGCGCCUCCGGCACUCCAUCUCCUCCGUGCUGCCCUCGUAUCACGAGAAAGCGGAGCAGGGCCGCGGUCACAGUGCUAGCGAGAAUGAGAAUGCCGUGGAAGAGGACCUGGUGCCGCAUCUGGACGGCACGCCGGUGAAGCCGACGCUCGAGAUGGCGACGAAUCCGCUGGGGAGUAUUGCGGAGUUGCCGGCGAUGUCGGCGGAGAAUGUGGGUGGGGGUGGGAGGGAGGGGGAGGGAGAUGGAGAGUUGGAUUCGCCGACGUUAGGGAGGGGUGGGGUUGAGAUGGGUGGGAUGGAGGGGAAGGGGGGGAAGGGAGAGGAGAGGGAUCAUGUUUUAAGUUGGACGAAGUAUGACGCGUCGGGGGCCGUGGAGAGGGAUGCGGCGGCGAGGCUGUCGAGUCCGCCUGCGGUGCCGGACCCUUCGGUCGCGGUGUGGAGUAAUAUGAAUGUGAAGCCGAGGGAGGGUGGUGGGGAGGGAGCGGGGGAUAAGGAAGAUCCAGGCGAGAAAGCAAUGGAAGAGGAAAAGCUAGAGGUGACUGGGGAUAUGAGGCCCAAGGAGGAGAAGAAUAAGGAAGAGAAGCCCAUCGAAAAAGAGGUAGAGCUGCAGGAGGAGAAGAAAGAUGAUUCUUGA